AUGACCCCCACAGCCAUCCUCCCCGACGCGAGCGCGCGCAUCGCCCAAGUCCUGUCCGAGCGCGACGCAACCAUUCCCGCAGAGUGGCGCCUGCCCAAGUCCUUCUCCAUUCCGCAGAACACGACGUCGAUCCUGCGCACCAGUGGCAUCCUGUCCGACGAGGAGCUGCAGCUCAUCGACCUUUCCGCGCUACAGCUGGCCAAGGCGAUUGCCGAGCGCCGCUAUACGGCAGUACAAGCGACCACGGCAUACGCCAAGGCCGGCGCGCUCGCGCAGCAGGCGACCAACUGCCUCGUGGAGAUGUUCGUCCCCGAGGCUCUGGAGCGCGCGCGCCGCCUCGACGACAUACUGGCCGCGACGGGCAAGGUCGUUGGGCCGCUGCACGGCGUGCCGAUUAGCAUCAAGGACCACAUGGACAUCAAGGGGCACGAGAGCCCGUCCGGGUUCUUGUGCUGCGUCGGCGAGAGCAUGGCCGACGAGGACGCGCACGCGGUCGGGAUCCUGCGCGACGCCGGCGCCGUGUUCUACUGCACAGAAACCACCAACCCCCAAUCCAUCAUGCACCUCGAGUGCUCGGGAUACUGGGGCGCCACGACCAACCCGCACAACACGAAGCUUACGUGCGGCGGCAGCUCGGGGGGCGAGGGCGCGAUCCUGGGGUUCAAGGGGAGCCCGUUCGGCCUGGGGUCUGACAUUGGUGGCUCGCUGCGGUCGCCGGCAGCCAACUGUGGCAUCUACACGUUCAAGCCGACCGCCGGCCGCCUGCCAAAGGGCGGGAUGCGCUCGCCCGCCAGGAAGGGCGGGUACGAGGGCAUCCUGGUGACGCACGGGCCGAUGGGGCGCCACAUCGACGACCUGGGGAUGUACAUGCGCCUCGUGCUCUCCUCCGAGCCGUGGCGGCUCGACCCGCGCGUCCUCUACAUGCCGUGGCGCGAGGUCACCUUGCCGCGCAAGCUGCGCGUCGGCGUGCUGCGCGACGACGGCGUCGUGCGGCCUGUCAAGCCGAUCCGCCGUGCGAUGGCGCAUGUGGUCGACAGGCUGGAGAAGGACGGGCGGUUCGAGGUCGUCGAGUACGCGCCGUACAAGGACAAGGAGGCGUGGGACAUCCUCCGCCGCCUGUACUGGCCCGACGGGGGCAAGUCGGUCCGCCACCUCCUCGACCGCUCCGGCGAGCCGACGCGCCCGAUGACCGAGUGGAUCAUCUCGCAGAGCGAGGGCAAGGAGAUGGACUUGGCAGAGUACUACUCGUUUGUGAACGCGCGCGACGAGUUGCGCCUCGAGGUCGCCAAGCACUGGUAUGCGCAGGGCGUGGAUGUGGUGCUUGGGCCCGUCGGGCCGACGCCAGCGCCGUUGCUCGAGACGGCAAAGUACUGGGGGUACACGUCCUACUGGAACCUGGUCAACUACCCCGCCGGCGUCUUCCCCACCGGCCUGUCCGUCGUCCCAGGACUGGACCGCGAGGACCCGCAGGAGCUCUACCACCCGCGCAACCAGACCGAGGCGUACAUUCUCGACACGUACGCGUCGACCACGCACGUCGACGCGCCCAUCUGCCUCCAGGUCAUCGGGUAUAUCGGGUACGACGAGGAGACGCUCGCUGCGAUGGAGCGGAUUGUCGAGGCGGUCGGCGCGCCGCAGGUCUAG